UUUCAAGAGGAGGCACGGCAGCAGGCUCGAUAGAAAAUGAGUCUGCGGCGCCUUCGGCUUCAGACAACACAAUCAAGCCGCCCUAGAACAUAGAAAUGCAAAAUGAGUGUGAUAAGAAAUGCAUAUUUCAUCGCGGGACAAGCUACAAGAAUAACGCACUUGCACAUGGAAUGCAGCUUUGGGGCGGGAGAAAAUUAUGACAUGAAAUAGAAGGGUUUAAUGAGAAAGGGCUAGAGAAUGCGAGAGCGCUCAUGAGAUCGUUGACUGACCUGCUCAUUCAGAUCCUUCCUGUGAGAGCCUAUAACGAAAAAGUAAGGGGGGAAAAUGCUGGGAGCUAUAAGAGAGAUGUCGAGGUGGCCGACUUUCAGGUCAGCGCUGAAGAUUUGAAAGGUGCCGUCAGGAAUGGAUGUCAUUGUGAUAAAAAGGUUGGAUAGGUGAGAUAGAUGUGUGGGAAGUUUGGGUUGUCGGACUAGAGCUGGGUCGUUGUCCUCUUUAUACUUUGUCUUCAGCUGGGGUC